AUGCGCUCAGUAGUGAUCAUCGCUAACUCGUUGUUGAUCGCGCUAGCGUCUGCGAUCGAAUUGCAGCAUCUUGAGCAAUUCGACUACAAGGAACCGGAGAAUGUGCGAGAGUUGUACGAAGAAUUCAAAGUGAAAUAUGGGAAGAAUCAUGCGAAUGAUGUCGAUGAGUAUCGUUUUACCGUGUUCAAGGAUAAUUUGAAGAAAGCGAAGUGGUAUGAAGCGAUGGAUCAAGGGACAGCGGAAUACGGUAUCACAAAGUUUUCCGAUCUGACAGCUGAGGAGUUCGAACGUGAAUACUUGAACCCAGAAAUGAGGCAGCAACUGAGUGUGGCUAAUGUUGACGUCGUGACAAGUGAUAAAGUGCCACCUGAAAGUCUGGAUUGGCGCGCGAAAGGUGCGGUGACUCCGGUACAGGAACAAGGACAUUGUGGUUCAUGCUGGGCGUUCUCUGCGAUCGGGAAUGUGGAAGGUCAGUGGUUCCUGAAAACUGGAGAGCUUUUGAAGAUGAGCGAACAGCAACUGGUAGACUGUGACAGAAGUGACUAUGGUUGCAGUGGUGGUUGGCCAUUGAUAGCAUACGAAAUGCUAGCAAAAAUGGGCGGUGUCGAACGGGAGAUCGACUAUCCGUAUGUGGGUCAUUACCAAAAGUGCAUGUUAAACAAGGACAAGUUUGUUGCUUAUGUGAAUACGUCAAUGAGAGUGAGUCAGGACGAGGCACAGAUUGCGGCGUACAUGGCGGAGCACGGACCGCUGAGCAUGGCACUAAACGCAAACAGGCUUCAGUAUUAUACUAAAGGAAUCCUGCACCCGUUCUCAUUCAUGUGCACCGCAACCGGAAUAAAUCACGCAGUUCUUGGUGUUGGCUACGGAAUUGAAGAUAAGAAACCCUACUGGAUCGUAAAGAACAGUUGGGGACUGGACUGGGGUGAAGAGGUGAGUAGUAGUUGUUGA